GCCUUGCCCCGGCUCCUCGACCCCAACAAGGAUGGCAGCUCCAGCUUCCGCUCAUGGUCAACGAUCUCGAACGAACUGCCUACACUACAUAUACACGCUAAACCCGUCCGUACUCCUCCAUCGAUCUCUCCCAGCCCCAUCCAUCAAACCUUCUCUGACCGAGCAGCAGCUGCGAGCUCGAGCCCGCCCAAGUUCGACGACGGCGAUGGCACGGUCGGACCUGGUCAUGGCGUUGCUGGUGGCCGUCCUCGCAGCCGGCUGCUGCGCGUCGGCCGGCGCCGUGGCGUACCUCUCCAAGCUGCCCGUGACCCUCGACGUCACCGCCUCCCCCACUCCUGGCCAAGUUCUCCACGCCGGCGAGGACGUGAUCACGGUGACGUGGGCCCUGAACGCGACCCGGCCGGCCGGCGACGAUGCCGCCUACAAGAGCGUGAAGGUCAGCCUCUGCUACGCGCCGGCGAGCCAGAAGGAGCGCGAGUGGCGCAAGACCCACGACGACCUCAAGAAGGACAAGACCUGCCAGUUCAAGGUCACCCAGCAGCCCUACGCCGCCGGCGGCGCCGGCGGCAGGGUCGAGUACCGCGUCGCCCUCGACAUCCCCACCGCCGCCUACUACGUGCGCGCCUACGCGCUCGACGCCUCCGGCACGCAGGUGGCCUACGGCCAGACCGCGCCCGCCACCGCCUUCGACGUCGUCAGCAUCACGGGCGUCACCACCUCCAUCAAGGUCGCCGCCGGCGUCUUCUCCACCUUCUCCGUCGUCUCCCUCGCCUUCUUCUUCUUCAUCGAGAAGCGCAAGAAGAAUAACUAAACUCACAAGGUGUUCGUCCGUGCGCGGCUGCUUCUUCUUCUUCUUGUCAUUUGCAACGUACACAUAAUAUUACUGUAUGUAAGAGAGUAGUGUUGAUGUUCUCUUUUCGGGGAGCUCACGUGAUUGUUGAUGUUGUACCAGAGGAGUUGCAAGCUGGAGUGUAUGUUAGUACGUCUCUAAACCGACUCUUCUCUUGGUGUUAUCCAGAAUUCCAAAGGCUAGAAAAAACAUGCAGAAUAUCUGCACCUUCUAUCUCUGUUA